UUGUCGGUGCCCUCACAGCGCAGCAGAGCCACAGACACAGAGCGGGUGUUGUGGUUAAACCAGCGGCAACAACCGUCUCUGUUUGACCGACUCUACCUCAUUCACCGGACAAACGAAGCGCGAGGCUCCGGUUCCUCGUCGCGCCCGGUGUCGCGCGCGGGCGGAGCUAAAGAAAGUGGCGGCCAACGCUAGCGCCGUGGCUAGCUCAGCUCCUCGGCAACAAUGUCCGGUCUUCCACAAAACAACCUGGAGGAGCAGCUGGCGAGACACAGCACCGCCGCUCAGAGCAGGCUGUCUCUGGCCAAACCCAAACCCGGGGCCUUUUCAUUCAAAAAGAAGAUCUCAUCAGCUACGUCAAAGGAGGAAGUUUCGACCAAGGUAAUCAGCGCAAAUGCUUUGGCAAACAGGAAUGUCAAUGUCCCUAAGAACAGUGUGGUGACUAAAUCUCUUUUGGCAUUUUCAAACAAGCUUGAGGCACCUCAAAAGGCCCAAAUCAACAAAUUCUUCCCUGUAAGUUCAAAAGGCAAGUCAGAAUCCAUCAGCCCAGCAGGUAACUGUGCUCCUGCUGCUCAGACUCCUCCAGCAGUGUCCUGUAUAAAGUUGACUACAGCUCCAUCUAUACAUAACAGCCACUUUCCUAGUGAAAACGGCACCUCCACGAUUCUGGAUGCAUCUCUUGGAUUUCAAAUGGAUGAUUGGGAUGAUAUUGAUGACUUUGAAACUCCUGCCAAAGGAAAAAACGACUCAUUCAACUCAGAAUUAUCAGGGAGCAGCACCAAGCCAGUCUCGCUUCCUAAUGGAGGAAAAAAUGAAUUCACAUGGAAACUACACCUUAAUGACUCUGUUAUCACACCAGACUUAGGCAACUCGUUCUCCAAAAAGAAUGGCCUCUCCAGAAGUGAACAGUCUUGUCUGGAAACAAAGGAAUUGGAACACUGUGUCAACAAAACAGCAGAUUCACCAGGAUUUAGUUUUUAUCAGGAUCCAGAAGAGUUGUUCCCAGAUGAUUCCGCAAUUAAAAUGCCCAGAAGACAUCGUCGUGCUCAUCUGAAGUCUGUGAUGAGUGAUAAUGAGGAUGACAACAAUGUUGUGGCCGAGCCUUUAAAAGAAAGAAAAGAUGAUACGAAAACACUGGUUGACACUGCAGUAAUAGAGCUCGAUGACAAAUCAGAGCCUGAUGAUGAUAAGGACUACAUCCCCCCUUCCCCAAUCCCUUAUACGUCUAAAAUGUUAGAGAUAAGAUCCAAAGCGGCUGAUGAUGAAAGCAGGGACAGUCAAGUGUACACCAAGAGACCCGUCACAACUCUGCAUAAACCUUCUGUUCUCCACUCAAAAGAUAAAACAAAUGAGCAGCUUUUCAGUAUCAUGGAGUCCAUUUGUUCUCUGGUUGAUUCCAUCCCGGAACAUGAACUAAUAGGUCUGUCUUAUGGAAGUGAGCUUUUACUGAAGAGGGCUCAAAGGAAGAGAAUUCUUGCAACUGGUGGUGAAGCACUGUUCAGGAUGCAGCAGCCAGACAGCACAGUGAUUUCAGAAACCAGCUUAAAGGAAAGCUCCUCUGUUAGUUGUUAUACGUCUAGUGGCAUGUCUUCUAGCGGCUCUGCCCAUGUGGACAUUAAAAAACCUCUUCACAUCAGGAGAUCUCCAGCAAUCUCUUUGGACUAUGAUUCUGAUCUCUCUGACAGUAUUAUUAAUGUGGAGCCUUUGCACAGAAAGGACAAUGGGAAAUUAUAUGUGGAGAAUAAUGGUGUGUGUGACUCGCCAUCAAAUCACAGCCUCACAAAACCAUCUUUUAAUUCCUCAAAGAAAGUGAGCACAGGCCUGGACGGCUCAGAUCUCUUCUUCUCACCCGCGAAGCCAGAGACUGGUGUGAAGAAAAAAUCAAAUACAGCGGCAGUCACAGCUGCAGACAACACAGAAGCAGACGACUUUUACUUUGAUGACUUCGACAUAGAUGACUUCAAUGACUCGGAUAUCCCUGAUUACUUUGAUGAAGCCUCAACUUCUUCAGUGACUGGAACAAACUCCAGAGCUGUGUCUAUAGUGAAAGAGGGAGGACCGAGCAAGUCUACGUGGGAUAAGAAACCGACAACACCUGCGUCUGCAGCCAAACCUGCAAAGAUCCGCUCCCCCGAGCCCGACUUCAGAAACCCAGCCCAUGAUCGAUUCAGAGGAUUCAACUUCUCCCACUCACAGGAAAUGAUGAAGAUCUUUCACAAGCGCUUUGGUCUUCAUCAAUUCCGGUUCAAUCAACUAGAAGCGAUUAAUGCGACGCUUCAGGGAGAAGACACGUUUAUUCUGAUGCCCACAGGUGGUGGAAAGAGCUUGUGUUACCAGCUGCCAGCCUGCGUGUCAUCAGGCGUCUCCAUCGUCAUCUCGCCUCUGAAAUCACUCAUUGUCGACCAGGUGCAGAAACUCACAACGCUAGAUAUUCCAGCAACAAGUCUGUCUGGUGAUAAAAGUGACAGUGAAGUAGGGAGGAUCUAUAUGCAGCUCUCCAGGAAAGACCCCAUCGUUAAACUGCUCUAUGUUACACCUGAAAAGGUCAGCGCAAGUAACAAGCUUAUCUCCGCCCUGCAUAACCUGUACGAGAGAGGCCUGUUGACGCGCUUUGUCAUAGAUGAGGCUCACUGCGUCAGUCAGUGGGGCCACGAUUUCCGUCCAGACUACAAGAAGUUGCAUGAGCUGCGACAGAAGUUCCCCAAAGUGCCCAUGAUGGCUCUGACAGCCACUGCCACCCCUCGCGUCCAGAAAGAUAUCCUCAACCAGCUGAGUAUGACUCGGCCUCAGGUGUUUACCAUGAGUUUCAACCGAACAAACUUGAAGUAUGCUGUGUUGCCCAAGAAACCCAAAAAGGUGGACGAGGACUGCAUCAACUGGAUCAAAAAGCACUACCCACGUGACUCUGGCAUUGUGUACUGCCUGUCCCGUAAUGACUGUGAUGCCAUGGCGGAGAGUCUCCAGAGAGCGGGGAUAUUAGGUCUGGCUUAUCACGCGGGCCUGAGUGACGGUGACAGGGAGUAUGUGCAGAGCAAGUGGAUCAAUCAGGAUGGCUGCCAGGUCAUCUGUGCCACCAUAGCCUUCGGCAUGGGCAUUGACAAGCCUGAUGUGCGGUAUGUGAUCCACGCUAGUCUGCCCAAAUCAGUGGAGGGUUACUACCAGGAGUCGGGACGAGCCGGCAGAGACGGAGACGUCUCUCACUGUAUUCUGUUCUACUCCUACACUGACGUGCAACGCAUCAAGAGGAUCCUCAGCAUGGACAGAGAAGGUGACAGACAUGCCAAAGCGACUCAUUUCAACAACCUAAACAGCAUGGUGCACUUCUGCGAGAACAUAAUGGAUUGUAGAAGAAUUCAACUGCUCGCUUACUUUGGAGAGCUCAACUUCAACAAAAGCUUCUGUAAAGAGCACCCUGAUGUCACCUGUGACAACUGUUCAAAACCCAAUCAAUACAAGAUGAGAAAUGUUACAGAAGAUGUGAAAAAGAUUGUGAGCUUCGUCCAGGAGAACUGCGAGAAAGUAGGAGCGAAGUUUGGCAAGACUGCUAAGCAGAACCGGCUGACGCUGAACAUGCUCGUGGAUAUCUUCCUAGGAUCUAAAACUGCAAAGGUACAGACAGGAAUGUUUGGGAAGGGAGGAGCCUACACCAGACACAACGCCGACCGUCUCUUCAAAAAACUGGUUCUGGAUAACGUUCUGGUCGAGGACCUGCACAUUGUGUUCAACGGUCAAGCUGUGUCUUACAUCUCUGCUGGAACAAAAGCCAUGAGCGUGCUGUCAGGGAACAUGCAGGUGGAGUUCUGUGAGACAGAGAGUGCGUCAAGCAGCAGGAGAAUCAAAGCUUCAGUGACCAAGAACGUUUCUCAGAGAGACGAGAUGGUUCAAAAGUGUCUGAAGGAGCUGACGGAUUUAUGCAAGCAGCUCGGGAAAGCAUUUGGCAUUCACUAUUUCAACAUCUUCUCCACUGCCACCUUGAAAACGAUAUCUGAGAAGCUUUCCUCUGACACUGAAGUCCUCCUGCAGAUCGAUGGAGUGACGGAGGACAAACUGGAGAAGUAUGGAGCUGAGGUCAUUCAGCUUUUACAGAAAUACUCUGAGUGGCAGCUACCUGAGGAGCCGGCUGCCGUUGGUGGAGAUGAAUGGAUAGACACGACACGAGGCCGUGCAAACAUAAAUUACGACGACGAGGACGACACAGAGUCCUCCACCUACUUUCGUAAUCAGUCCGCACAGGGACAGAAGAGGAAGAAAGCUCCGUCCUUCAAGAGUUCCAAGAAGAGAAAAGGAUACAACAACACAAGCUCCAAUUCUAAAGGUAAUGGCUACAACAGCAAUAAGUCAUGGUCAUCAUCAAGCUCCAGAGGAGGAGCGAAAGCUACAGGUCGAGGGUCCAGAAGCUCAGCAGGAGAUGCGUCAUCAGAAAGGAGGCCGGGCUUCCUGACUGCCCCGACCCCUCAAUCCAGACAACGACCUUUCUUAAAGCCAACGUUCUCAAACAUGAGCUAGAACUGUCGUCUGUGAAACUACUGAUUCACUACUUUUCAAACCUGCUGGUGUCGGUGAUUGUGUAGUAUUUAUCCUGUUUUAUGUUAACAUUCUGUACAGUUUUCAUGGUGUGUGUCCAGAUUUUAUAUUGAAUGUUGUAAAAUUAUAUUUGAAAUCUGAAGAUUUUUUUUCACUGUAUAUUAAAGUCAAUUGAAGUUUUGAUAACAUU